AUGGAAGGAGGGUGGCCUGCAAGCGGGGGUGUCCUCCUCUGCCUCACUGUCAGUCUUCUGCUUCAAGGAAAAGGCGACGCUUUUACCAUCAAUUGCUCUGGCUUUGACCAGCAUGGGGUUGACCCUGCUGCCUUCCAAGUAGUGUUUGACAGAAAGGCCUUCUGUCCAUUCACCAACUACAGCAUCCCUACCCGUGUCAACAUCUCCUUCACCCUGUCUGCCAUCCUGAGAGUGGAUGCACAGCUCCAGCUGCUGACAUCAUUCCUGUGGAUGGAUUUGGUGUGGGACAAUCCUUUCAUUAGUUGAAACCCAAAAGAGUGUGUUGGCAUCAAUAAACUCACAGUAUUAGCUGAAAACCUGUGGCUCCCAGACAUCUUCAUCGUGGAAUUCAUGGAUGUGUCUCAGACGCCUUUGAGUCUCACUGCCUAUAUCAACAGUGAAGGUCAAAUAAAGUACGAUAAGCCAAUGAGGGUGACCAGCAUCUGCAACCUAGACAUCUUCUACUUCCCUUUUGACCAACAGAACUGUACCUUCACCUUCAGUUCUUUCCUCCACACAGUGGACGGCAUGCUGCUGGGCAUGGACAAGGAGGUGUGGGAGAUCACAGACACGUCUCGCAACGUCAUCCGAACCCAGGGGGAGUGGGAGCUCUUGGGCAUCAACAAGGCCACCCCAAAGAUGUCCAUGGGCAACAACCUAUAUGACCAGAUCAUGUUCUAUGUGGCCAUCAGGCACAAGCCCAGCCUCUACAUCAUAAACCUGCUGGUGCCCAGUAGCUUUCUGAUUGCCAUUGAUGCCCUCAGCUUUUACCUGCCAGCAGAGAGCAAGAAUCAUGCCCCAUUCAAGAUAACGCUUCUGCUGGGCUGCAACGUCUUCCUGCUCAUGAUGAAUGACUUGCUUCCUGCCAGUGGCACCCUCCUCAUCAAUGUCUACUUCGCCCUGUCCCUCUCCCUGAUGGUGGUCAGCCUGCUAGAGACCGUCUUCAUUACCUACCUGCUGCACGUGGCCACCACCCAGCCCGCACCCAUGCCUCUGUGGCUCCACUCCCUGCUGCUCCACUACACCAGCUCAGGGAGAUGCUGUCCCACUGCGCCCCAGAAGGGAAAUAAAGGCCUGGGUCUCACCCCCACCCACCUGCCUGGCACAAAGGAGGCGGGGGAGUUAACAGGGAAGCAGCUGGGACCCAGAGAGACCGAGCUAGAUGGGGGCUCAGGAUGCACAAAGACCCAGCUAAUGGAGCAGUGGGUGCAGUUCAGCCAUGCGAUAGACACCCUGCUCUUCCGCCUCUACUUGCUCGGCCACCUGAUAGCUAAAACAGAUGUUCCAGGGUUGAGGGGCUACUUUAAGUUCCCUCACGGCUACAGCCUCCUGUCCUCUCCAGUCCCUGGGCCUUCCAGAAAUGGAGGUCAGUAA